UUUAUCAAACUCAUUUCAGGACGGAAACUUCCUAUUUUCUUCUCUCUCACUAAAUCUCCUCCACUCUUCCCCACCCCCACCCACACUCAUCAUAUGACCAUAUAAAUCUCUCCAUUUUUGUUACAAGUUUAAACACUAUUAUUCUUCCAAAUGGCGUCCAUGAAAAUGCUUAUGUUUAUUCUUCAACUCAACUAUUUUACUUUCUUCUUCUUGUUACUUCAGGCCUCGGCUGAGCUUCACCGGUUGGAACAUCCGGCGAAAACCGACGGCUCCCUUAGUAUUUUGGUCGUCGGAGAUUGGGGACGGAAAGGAACCUAUAACCAAACUGAAGUUGCUCAGCAGAUGGGAAUAAUUGGAGAGAGAUUAAACAUUGAUUUUGUUGUAUCAACUGGCGACAAUUUCUAUGAUAAUGGAUUGACUGGUUUAGAUGAUUCAGCUUUUGAGGAGUCAUUUACCAAUGUUUACACUGCUCCGAGCUUACAGAAAAAGUGGUACAAUGUUUUAGGGAACCAUGACUACAGAGGUGAUGCUUUAGCACAAUUAAGUCCCAUCCUUAAGCAAAAGGAUAGCAGGUGGAUAUGUUUAAGGUCUUAUAUUGUUAAUACAGAUGUGGCAGAAUUUUUCUUUAUAGAUACAACUCCUUUCCAAGAUAUGUAUUUCACAAAUCCUAAAGAUCAUACUUAUGACUGGAGAGACAUUUUGCCUCGACAAGAUUAUCUUGACAAUAUUUUGAAGGACUUGGACUUUGCAUUAAGGGAAUCAAGUGCAAAAUGGAAGAUUGUUGUUGGUCACCAUACAAUCCAAAGUGCUGGUCACCACGGUAACACCAAGGAGCUUGAAAUCCAGUUACUCCCUGUCUUGCAGGCAAAUGAUGUUGACUUCUACAUAAAUGGACAUGAUCACUGCUUAGAGCAUAUAAGCAGUUCAGACAGUCCACUUCAAUUUUUGACAAGUGGUGGGGGGUCAAAAGCAUGGAGGGGUGACAUCAAUUGGUGGAACCCAAAGGAAAUGAAGUUCUAUUAUGAUGGACAAGGCUUUAUGGCAAUGCAAAUUACUCAAACAGAAGUUGGAAUCCAAUUCUUUGACAUUUUUGGCAACCUUUUGCAUAAAUGGAGUGCCUUAAAACCCCUAUUUUCCAUUAUGUAAAUAGCUCCAAAAAGAAGAAAAAAAUUGAUGGAUUUAAUUUGCUUCUUCUUAGCAGCUAAAUCUCCAUACUAUUGAUGUAAUUGAAAACUAGUGCAGCUUCUUGUCUAUAAUUCAUUUCCCUCUAGUUGUCCCAUUUCAUAGGCGGAUGUACUGCUGCUACUACCUUAUAUUGCCAUAUUCAUGGUAAAAUGACCAAAUUUGCUCUUCUACUUUGUGGAAAUGAUUAAUUUAAUACAA